UUACUUAUUCUUAAAAUAAAAAAGCAAUUUCCCAACACAUCUAUAUAAAUAUACCCAACGAUCGGACCUGGUGUGAAAUAGAUUGUUUGGGAUAAACCAAAAGAAAGAAGAUGAAGAGAAAGGAAUUCUUGUUUGUUGUCACUUGCGCAGCAGUCUUUGAAUUGUCGUCUGCACUUCUGAAGCCAAUUCCGUUUCCGGUCGAGUUGGAAGAAUGCUACAGAUUACGCUCCUACAAUACGACGCCGUCUGAUUCAGUUGCCCUUGAAAUACAGGAUUUCUGCUACAAAAGUUAUCAUUAUAAGAUGAUAGCUGCUGGUAAAAUGUGGUCCGGCCCAAACAUCACACAGAGCGAAAUUAACUACAUUAACAGUUUAUUCCGACAAAUCUUUGCUGAAGCAAGGGAAGUUGAGAAAUACAAUGAGAAAGGUGGACGACACAAACGACAAGCAUUCCCAGGAAGAUACAGACAGGAAGUGCGAAGUCCAGGCGCCUUCCGGCGGUUUGUAGAGUGUAUAGAUCGCCUGGAGAGAGAGAUAGAUCCAAGGUCCGGGCGCAACAGAUACCAAACACUCUCCCUUUUCCACACCGGACCAGCAUUGGCUAGCGCUCACAGAGGGCCCGCUUUUGGCCCAUGGCACAGAAUAUACCUACUCCUUGUGGAGACGGCAUGUAGAGCCCCUAUCCCCUACUGGGAUUCCACUCUUGAUCACGAGAUUGAUGACCCUACUGAUUCCAUUGUUUGGAGUGAUGAAUACUUCGGAAAUGGUAACGGUGUAGUCAUACGUGGGCCUUUUCGAAACAUGCGAACAGUGUUAGGUGGCCCCAUAAUCAGGAACUAUGGAACAGGACAAAGCGCCUUGUUCACCAAGGAGGGUCUCAGGGCCGUUUUGAGUCGAAGAAGAUAUGGAGAUAUCACAGAGCCUAAAGUAGGACAGCAAAGGGUCUUUUCUCUGGAAGCCCAUCACAACGGUCCACAUAAUUGGAUAGGUGGACACAUUUCAGGAGAGAGUAGUGCGGCAUUCGAUCCGGUUUUCUUCCUUCAUCAUGCAUAUGUUGACGCUGUCUGGGAACGCUUUCGAGACCGGCAAGCUGCCAAUGAGAUUGAUCCAGAACGAGAUUAUCCUAGCCCCCCUUAUCCUCCUGGUCAUGCUCCUAAUGAUAUAAUUGACUUCCGUCCUUUUAUUGCUCCAAUAACUAAUAUCUUUGCUAUGUCGGAUCUUGUCGCAAAUCUUGUCAGAUAUGAACCUUUCCCAACUUGCUCGAAUCAGUGUAAUGGUAGUCCACAUUUGCGUUGCCAACGGACUAUUUCUGGUCAAGUGUGUGUGUCUACAGUUCGGACUGGUGGACGAAGAGGUUUUGGAACAUCUUUCAGACGGCCUCCGCCAGGAGUGCCGGAGUUUAGAGAUAGUUCUUCUGUCGGAAUUGGUGCAGGACCCACUGAAGAGUCUCCAUCAGACUCAAUGUUGAUGGCUCGGGCAAGCGGGCCAAUUCCUGGAGGUAACAGAUUUCCAGAAUCGCCAUUUAAUGAUAGGCGGAAUACAGGAAAUCCAAUAGAGUUGGCUCCAGAGGCACCUGCAAUCCAGGCAGCUAGGAUGGCAGUGAGAGAAGUUGUUCAAGAACGAAAACGAAGGGAUGUCUCUACAGUAUCUCAAAAUGGUACAACGAAUGAUGUCUCUCAUCAUCAGUCGGUUUCCUCCCUUGAACGGUCUUUUACAAACACAUUCCUUAUUGACGGAGAAAUAGAUCUUAAGCGAUGGGUUUAUGUCCCAGUUCGUGUUGUGCACACUAGAUCUCUGAAUGUCGACGGUGUUGACCCCACCUUUUAUGGAGAUGUAGAAUUGUCAAAGGAACUUUGUCCCACAGUUCAAUCUGGUGCUUCAAAGGUGUUUGUAGCUUCCAAUGGUUUGGACUAUUUUGGAACAUAUAAAGAGUUUGUGAUAGUAGAUGAAAGGCAAUUAGCUUCGGUUACAACAACUGCUGUAGGGAUAAAGAACCCGGAUUAUGGCGAGGGAGAGGUUCUGUUCACUGCGCAUGACUCUUGUGGAAGACCUUGUCGACCUCUGUGUUUGACAGAAACCAAAGGACAACAGAAAUAUAAGGCGUGUUCCGGAGCUUUUAAGAUCUCGUCUGCUAAUCCUAAGAUGUACAAACCUACGUACAGAGAUGCCACGGCUGGUGAUUGGAUACUGCACAAUUCAGUAGAUUCAUUUUCUCUGGAUCCACAAACUCCUGUUACCUUUGUUUGUGGAAAUGAUAAAACAUGGCCCUGGGAAUUUUAGAAUUUAUUACGUAUACAGUGCAGAGGAGAGAUUGUCACAAAUUUUACUGAUCUUUGCAACUUUGAGAUAAAUAAAGAUUUCGCAAAAUAACAGUGAUUCCUGCAAUAUAUUAUUAUCAUUAAAAAUAAUUAUGUUCAAAUUCA